AGCGGAAAAAUAUUGUGUUUGAUUUUCACAUAUCCUAAAAAUAUCAAUAAAAGUCUGGCAGUCAAAAAUACUUGGGCUAAAAGAUGUGAUAAGCAGUUAUAUUUCAGCAAUAAGACAUUGCCUAAUAUCCCGACCAUCUUAUUGAACAUUACAGAAUCCAGACAACUUUUAGGCUUGAAAACACGUUUGGCAUUACAGUAUGUAUAUGACCAUGAAAUCGACGAGUUUGAGUGGUUUAUAAAAGCGGAUGAUGAUGCCUUUUUUAUAAUGGAAAAUCUCAAAAAUUAUCUCAGCGCCUUUAAUCCAAAUGACAAAUUGUACUUUGGAAAGAAGUUUUCGAAGUUUAAAGGAACUACUUAUUAUAUGAGUGGUGGUGCAGGAUACGUAUUGAGCAAGGCGAGUGUUAAAAUAAUUGUUGAAAAAUGCUUUGAUGCUGUAAAAUUUAACUUUCAACAUAUCGAAGACAUGGCAGUUGGGGCCUGUGCCGAGAAAUAUAAUUUUACAGCCCCUAAUACUACGGAUUCCAUGGGUAGAGAAAGAUUCCAUAGUUUGUCUCCACAUGUCUAUUUAAAAAAGGAAUUGAAACCAAAAUGGUUAGAUGCAUAUUCUGUUAAUAAACUCAAAUGGGGUUACGGAAAUUUAAGCAACGAAACAAUAUCGUUUCACUACCUAUCACCAGAGGACAUGCAGUUGUUAGAAUUCUACUUAUAUAAACUUAAUACCAAACAAAUGGAUCAAAGACGGAAUUCGUCCAAACCAUAA